AUGGUCCCCUGUGUUAACAGUAGCACCAAACCCAUUACAUACUUCCUCUUGGGCUCAUUUAGGCAGGGACAGUGGAGGCCAACCCUCAAGUUAGUUCUCCAGAGAGCUCUACAGGACAUUCUUGAGAUGUGA